UGGCGGAAGAUUCAAACUCACGAGAAAACUUUCGAUAAUGUUGUUUUGUCAAGUAAAACUUGAUAAUUCAAAUGUAAACUCCUUGGAAUGACGCAAAUACGAGAGACUAUUGAAAAUCUCUGCGUUGUACUAAAGUAUAAUGGCAUAUCAGAAAUUUCAGCUGAGACAUUCAGACUUGCCAAGUUUGACAGCCCUGAGGCCACUAGACCGAUGUGGAACAGCCUCAAAAACACUCUCAUUUGGCUAGAAACUAAGCACUUACAUCCUUCAUCUGAAGGAUUUGCAGCAAUUGUCCGUUUUUGCAAGCACGAAAUGUUUACUAAGGGGUAUAGGGUAAGGUCAUUUUUUGUCCUGCCUGAAAAUAUGUCAUAUGGCAGCAGAGAGGUUUUGCUGAGCAUCGGUUGGCUAAUGGCUAAGGAGAAUAUAAUUCAGAAAUUCAUAUAUAAAGUACAAUCAGCAAUUACAGAAGAUUUACCCUGCAUAGAUGAUUUACCCUGUGCUGGGAUCAAAUCACCUGACUUUCCUGAAUCACAGAAAACUGCUUCCCAAUCCUUGGAUGAGCUACUUAUCAACACACUCCAAGAAGUAGUUUUAUUGAAAGGAAAGCUACAUUCAGCAACUAGAAGUCUUUUAGCAGCUAAAAAUGAAUAUGGAAUACUUUUAAAGAAGAUACACUCUUCAACAAGACCAUUUCCUGUGAAGGCAAGCUCAUYUCACCUUUCUGCUUUGGAUGUCUAUCUAUUGUGCCACACAAAUGAACUUAAUAGUUAUCAAGAUAAGCUUGAGAUGGAAAAUAGUUAUCUUCAUAGCUUACUAGUCCUYAAGGAAAAGGAGGAUUUAUUUUGGAAAUGGCUGGAAAGUACUCUAGAUCUCCAAAAUAAAAACCAUUGUGAAAAUUCCGAUGACAGUGAAGAAGAGGAAUGUUUAGCAUUGAAUCAGGAGAGYUACAGGCCCAGUAARCAUACACAAAAURUUAAAACAAAGCAAGUAGAGCUCUCAAAACACUUACAGGAGAAAGAAAAAUUGUAUCAACAGGCUUCUAGCAAAUGGAAAAGAURUCGCGAUGUCGUGGAAAAAUCCAAAGAAAUGCAGGAGCAAUUUCAGACUUUACUUGCAUGCCUGGACCAAGAGGUUCUUGAGGAAUUAGACAAAAUUUAUAGCAUUGAARCAGAAGUCUCUUUAAAUAUUAAUUUUACAUUCUCAAKUCUUUCUUCUUCACAAGGAACUCUACAGCUUCUUACUCCACUUACUCCACAGCACAAGAAAAGAAGCAAGGUUUCUUCUGAUACUGAGCAAUCUGUACUUCUAAAGCAUGUCAAAGAGUUGCAAGAAAAGGACAAAGUAUUAAAAGAGGAAYUAAGAAAGCUAAAAAAUGAAAAUUGCAAUAAAAUAACAAUGUUAGCAUUGACCAUGGAUGAAAUGGUGUGUAUACCACCAAAGUAGAUAUAUCAAGUUAGCUGAAGGAAGAAAUUAGGGGUUUUAGGCUGGAUUGAAAGUACAAUGAUAGCUUUAUUCUCUAAUAUAACUCCUUAGAAUUCAUAACAGUUGGACUUCCUUUGUUGGCAGGAAUCAAAUGCAGCUUUGAACACAUUCAYUGAAACAUGCAUUUAGAUAUUCCCUGAAAAACUCUAUACAACUGAAUUGAAAAUGAAACAAUUCAUAUAAGACUUCAGAAUAUUCACUCACAUGUUCCAGACAGAUUACCUGGACAAAUAUUCUGUCUAGACAGUAACAAAACACCAGCCAAAAAGUCAUGCAAAAUAGUACAUCAAAACCAGAAUAACCUGGAUAGAAUUUGACCAGUAGAAUAUGUUUAGCAAAAGAAUACAAAACCAGCCUCUGGAACUAGGGUAGAAUAUGUUAUUUUAUAGUGUAGGAUCUUGACACUUUUAUAAACGAGAAAAUAUAUGUAACUGC